AUGGGCAGCAACAACGACGAGCUCAUCCGGUCCAACGACCUGGACCACCCCGCCAACCUCAUCCCCUCUCUAUGCGCAAAGUUCUGGACCUUGGGUUGGGUGACGGGCACAGGCGGCGGCGCCUCGAUACGUGAUGAGGACCUCGUCUACAUAGCCCCGUCAGGCGUGCAGAAGGAGCUCAUGAAGCCCUCGGACCUCUACGUCCUCUCGCUACCGCAGACCCUCGAGAAGCACAAGGCCUCCUCCUCCUCCGAGGGCGACGGCCCCAUCCGCCCAGGCUCCCGCGUCUACCUGCGCUCCCCACCGGCCUUCAAGCCCUCGCAGUGCACCCCGCUCUUCCUCAGCGCCUUCACCCGCCGCGGCGCCCGGUGCUGCAUCCACACCCACAGCCCAUACGCGGUGCUCGUCACCCUCAUCCUCGAGCAGCAGGGCGGCGGCGGCGGUGGCGGCAAGGAGUUCAGCAUCAACAACAUCGAGCAGAUCAAGGGCUUCGCACGGGGUUAUCCGCACCGCGAGGUCGGGAACCUGGGAUACCACGACACGCUGCGAAUCCCAGUGAUAGAGAACACGGCGCACGAGGAGGACCUGACCGAGUUCAUGGAGGAGGCCAUGGACCGGUAUCCGGAUGCCUAUGCCGUGCUGGUGAGGAGGCAUGGGGUCUAUGUCUGGGGAAACAGUGUUGAGCAUGCCAAGACGCAGUGUGAGAGUUUGGACUACCUUUUCCAGCUUGCGGUCGAGAUGAAGAAGCUCGGCAUCCCGUGGAUCUCAGACAUCGAGCCGACGCUGCCUACAAAGUCGAUAAAGGAAUGA